ACUCUCAGCUGUCAUUCAGCAGUGAUAGGUUAGUGUUUGAUGACUCCACAGCCAGUCAAAAAAUAUCGCAAAGUGUUCUCAUAUUUAAUUAAUAGAAGUGAAAUUAAUUCGUAAAAAAAGUCAAUUAAUUUGGAAUAAUGGCGACGUGUUUGGAGAAUGUUCAGAUGCCUUCCUGCGUGUGGUUUGAGGCUGGUGAGAAGCGAAAUGCUCUCAUGUCGAUGCUCGCUGGGACUCUGUUUUUCAUGGGCUGGUGGUUUAUCAUUGAUGCUCACGCCAAGUACCACACAGAGAUGGUCAGUGCUUAUCACGUUUGUGGAGUUUUGGGAACAUUAUCGUUGUUUAUGGUAAAUUCAGUGACAAAUGCCCAAAUAAGGGGCGAUGCUUAUAAUGGAGGAUGUAUGGGUGCCAGGGGAGCUAGGUUUUGGAUGUUCGUUGGAUUUGUCAUCGGAUUUGCAGCUGUCAUUGCUGCGUGCUGGAUUUUAUUCGCUAAUUUUGUUGCCAAGGAUGCUCCUCAUCAUUGGCCAGGAGUCGCCCUCUUCAUGCAAAAUAUUUUCAUCUUCCUCGGCUCUUUGACUUACAAAUUCGGCAGGUCCGAGGAUCAAUGGAACUGAAACUCCUCGUACAUUCUCGUUACUCGUCAGUAUCUUCUAAGUUUAUACGAAAUUCAAGGAAAAAAAAACUCAUAAGCUAGACAAAAUUGUUUCAGUACUUCUAAAAUUAUUUAUUGAAUGACUCCCUUCAAUAAUAUACUCACAUACAUGCAACAAUUAUAAUCUAAGACCUAGUGAUCUUACGAAGUGAUUAUACAUAAUAAAUAAAAAUUAUAAAAAUGAA